CAACGCGCCAUGUUGAGAAGGAACUUAACAAAGUUGCAAGGAAGAAGGAGGAACAUCGGUUCGGCGUGUUUUAACACCUUUCCACCACCCGGAACGUCAUGGCUGACCCGGAGAAACAGCCUGAACAACCAAAGGCUGCCCAACAAAAGCAAGUCAUCGCAACCAAAGUUAACGGGACUGUGAAGUGGUUUAAUGUGAAGAGUGGGUAUGGAUUCAUAAACAGAAAUGACACCAAAGAUGAUGUGUUUGUUCAUCAAUCAGCCAUUGUGAAGAACAACCCCAAGAAGGCAGUGCGCAGUGUGGGGGAUGGUGAAGUGGUAGAAUUUGAUGUGGUGGUAGGCGAGAAGGGAAAUGAGGCUGCUAAUGUGACUGGUCCCAAUGGGGAGCCAGUAAAAGGGUCUCCCUAUGCUGCAGACAAGAGGCGAGGCUAUCGUCAGUGGUUCUACCCGAGGCGUGGUGGUGGGGGCAUGCGGCCACGAAGGCCUCGUGAAGACACUGAAGGGUAUGAGAGUGGUGAGGGUAAGGGAGACGAGGGAGCAGAGGUACGUGAAGGUGGCCAGCCCCGGCGUUACAGACCCCGACGUCGCUUUGAGCCCAACAAUUAUUACACUAGCCGGCCACGUCGCCCUCCACCCAGAAGUGACUCUCAAAAUCAAGACGGGGGAGAGUUGAAAGAGGCUGGUGACUUUGAGGGUGGCGAAGGUCGUGGUGUUCGAGGGCGCGGAGGGCCUCCUCGGCGCUUCUUCCGUCGGAACUUCAGAGGAGGGCGCGGUCCUCCCCGGCGACCACGAGUCCAAGAUGGGCAGAAUGUGAGUGAGAGUGAGGGCCGUGAGCCAAGGGGUGAAGGUCCUCAGGGAGGAAGACCACCACGUCCUCGAUACCGCCGCCGUUUACCUCGCCAGUCUCGUGGACCACCACGCAACAGUCAGAGUGAGGGUGAAGGUAAAGGCAAGAACGAGUCAGAUGGUGGAGACUGGGAAGGCAAGUCGGAACCAUCCGAAGGGUCACCACAUUCACAAGAAACCACACAAGCUGUGCAGAAUACAACCACAGAGAGCAACGCUUAGCCAACUCACCCACAUGGCGCUUGCUGGCCUGGCGCUCUCUAAUGCCACUUAGUAGAUCCAAAGGCAACUUAAAAAAUCUUAACAUCCAAUUUUGUGUUAGUGCAUGAGAUAAAACAAGCAAAGCAGACCUGAUUUUAAUUUUAGAGUGAAGACACCUCCUGAGAAAAAAUGAUAACCUGCGUUGAGUCCUCUUGAGACGUAAACAUCUUUCCACCUAACCACCAAAAGUAAAUGUAUCAAGGCUCAAAAUGAAACCUUAGCCCUUGAGACUUAUGAUCGCAUAUGAACCCCAAUAUAAGGAGGAUAUCUGGCGUCAGAAGUAGACAAAAUACAUUAACAGAGAUUUGCCGAGGUUUGGUUUUAACUUGUGAAAGAUCUUUUGUUGUCUUGAGAGUUUGAUAGUUACAGUUUUUAAUAUUUCCACCCAUGUUUCUUCUGUUAAUAAUAUUUGUUUCAUUUUCUAUCUUUGAAUGCAGUGGAUUCAUGUUUGUCGUGUUUAUAAUCUUCCGCCAGCGGUCGUUAACAUUAAGGUAGCCAGCAUAUUGUGGUCAUAAUGUUUAGUUAUCCGACCAUUUGAGUUUAAUUUUUAUUUGGUACACUUUUCCACAGAAGUGUGGUUUGAUUUUGAGUCUUGUUGGACGAGUCUUUUUAAUCAUAGGAGGAGUGUCCGUAGCACAUAGCAACUGGAGGGAGAGGUUGAUCGUACAUCCUACAUUUAGUAACGCCCCACGUCUCCGGGUCAGGCAUGAAAUUAAAAUUUGCAGCUUUGGGGAAUUCAGUGGGGUUGUUGGGUUUUUAAGUAGCAAAAAUGAAACACAAAUACUGCAACUUGUUUCUCCAUUUGUCCUGCCCCCCUCUCAGUCUGGGUUCUCUAUUGUGCGUUGUUUUUCUGUGUGUAAGUUGACCGGGGCAGGUGUUGUUAUGUGCUUGAUUGACUUCCUGUUUUUUCUGUAGGAUCAGGUGAUAAAUAUAACCAACCAAUGAAUCCAUGCUUGUCCAACAAUGCAUGUGUUUGAUGAAAUGAGAAAUUGCAUUAUAUGUAAGGAAGAUAGUGUACAUAUUUGGAAAGCCUAUUAUCAAUGCAGACAUCACCAGUUUUCACCAACACUGGGUUUGAUGGUCACUACAAAAGAUUAAAUUUUUUUACGUACACACAAGAUACAUAUGACUGGAGUUAGUCAAAUCAGCUUUAAGUUUGUGACAGCAAUAACAAGGUAUUUGGUCCGGAAUGUUCGUAUGAGAGACCUGGCCAACAUUCAAGAUGUAGAGAGUUAUUUAAUUUACACGUUGUAACGAUCCAUCUUUGGCAUAAUAAGUGCAAAGCAUAAGCAGAGAUGCUUUAAAUUAAAUCGAAAAGAAGAUCCAUAAUAAAGUGAUGUUAUAUCAAGUUUGGUGUUCCAAACAGUGCCUGCCAUGCACUGAUGUACAAAAAGAAACUUAAUUUUUCACGAAACAUGUGCAUUUUGAAUAAACAAGCCAAAAAAAUUGAA